AUGUCGUUCCUAAAUAGAAGAUUGACUGUGUUUAGUCUGGCAGCAAAGGGGAAUGAAGUAGAAAGCAGUAGCGAUGUUAGGGGCCCUCUAGGGCUCAAUUUCCUCCACGAACCCUCAGAACCACUCAUCGAUUUCAUCUUCGUGCACGGGCUCCGCGGAGGCUCACGGAAGACGUGGAGCAAGAGCCCAGACCCUUCGACCUUCUGGCCUAGAGAAUGGCUACCGUUGGAGUCGAGGUUUAAGAAUGUCAGGAUUUCCACCUUUGGCUACAACUCUGACUGGGGCGAGAGAAAGACCAGUUCCUUGACUUUACAUGAUUUUGGACAGGCAUUGCUCGGCGACAUCCAGAAUACUCUGUGUUCGGGCAGAGCAGCCUCAAAAACGCCACUGGUUCUCAUAGGACAUAGUAUGGGGGGUAUUGUCAUCAAGAAGAUGCUUUUGCUUGCUCGACAGGAUCCUUUAUAUCAUCACGUUGCGGCACGAGUACAUAGUAUGUUCUUCCUUGCUACACCACACAGAGGCGCAGAUAGCGCCCAAUUACUACACAACGUGCUCAAGGUUGCGGUUUCUCACGGUCCAAAGGCUUACGUGGACAGCUUAAUGCCCAAUUCGGAUGCUAUACAAGCUAUCAAUGAUGGGUUCCGGCACGUGUAUCAAGGGAUCCAACUCUGGUCCUUCUUCGAGACAGUACCUACAAAUAUUGGCUUGAUAGUUGAGAAGGAGUCCGCCAUCUUGGAGUUACCAGGAGAACGGGUUCAGCUGCUCAACGCUGAUCACCGCAACGUAUGCAAAUUUGACAAUCCGUCUGACUGUAAUUACACCACUAUUCGAAACGCGUUUGUUGCAACAAUUGAGUCAAUUGAGGCCACCUUUUAUUCGACCCAAAAGGCAGACUGCAUGCAGGAAAUGCGCCUUCUGGCUACUUACUUCGGCUUGUCGAGUCAGCCGGAGAAUGAUCUGGCUAAUAUUACAGACGCACAGCUGGAGGGUUCCUGUCAGUGGCUGACAGAGCAUCCAAAUUUUCUGAACUGGCGAUCAGGAUUAGAGUCGCAGCCCAAAUUCUUCUGGCUGACAGGAGAUCCGGCAACAGGCAAAUCGACCAUGUCAGGCCAUGUGGUCAGACAUCUGGAGCAGAUGAACGGAGAAUGCUCCUAUUUCUUCUUCAGACAUCACAGCGGUGGUAGUUCAAAACUAGCAGAGCUUCUUUGCUCCUUAGCGUGGCAGAUGGCUUCGUCAAAUGCAGAAAUCCGACAUGCGUUGCUGACUAUGCAGAGAGACGACGUGCCGUUGGAGCGUACAGACGAGCGUUCGAUAUGGCGUGCUGUCUUUUUGUCAAGAAUUUUUCGUGUCGAGCUCCGCCAACCUCAUUUUUGGAUCAUUGAUGCCAUCGAUGAGUGCACAACAUUCUCAACCUUUUUUCCAUUCUUCGCUCGAAUGGACCAGCAGUAUCCGCUGCAGAUAUUUUUCACUAGCCGACCUUCUCUAGUUAUUGAAAGAGCACUCUCACAUGAGCAAAUCUCCAAGCAUCAUGAGAUACUUUCGAGAGACAAAUCCUUGGCAGACAUCGCGCUUUAUGUGAGGGUACAUGCCUCAUAUUUACCGUGCGAAAGCGACGAAGCUCGUGAAAGCCUUGUACAACAGAUACUCGAGAAGUCGAACGGCAACUUCCUCUGGACAAAGCUUGUUGUGAAAGAACUUCAGAGCGCUAUGAGCGAACAAAGCAUCAAAGAGAUCCUAGAUUUGGUGCCUCAAGAGAUUGACGAGCUCUAUGAGAAGAUAUUCGAGCAGCUAAUGUCUGUACCAAGAGAAGCAAGGCUCAUCACAUGCAUAUUUCGCUGGGUGAUCUGUGCUUCGAGGCCUCUCACGGUCGACGAGCUGAAGGAGAUUCUGCGGCUAGAGUUGACAGAGGUCUUGCCACAGCUCCAUAAAACUCUGAGCUCAUUAUGUGGAAACCUCAUCUUUGUGGACUCGCAGUCUCGAGUUUGGCUUGCACACCAGACAGUCCGAGAGUAUUUGCGUCAGGACAACUUGCCAUCAGGGCUGUCCAUUGAUAGACAGGAGGCUCACUCACUCUUAGCUAUAGUAUGCUUAGAGUAUCUCCAAGGGGAGGAUUUCAAGGUUCCCAAACAUCGCCGCAUAAGUUCGCUCACAAAACAACGGAAGCCUUCAGUAUUCAGCGCUUAUGCUAUCCAGUAUUUCUCAGAUCACGUUGCAAGAGCGUCCGCAUCAACGGAUUCUUUGCUCACGAGCCUGGAUGGAUUUUUGACGAGUACGACUCUAGUCUGGCUAGAGUUGAUUGGGACAAAGCAGGAUCUGGGCCCCUUGAUAUCCACAGCGAAGAAUUUGAAGACUUAUCUGGAGCGGAGAGCCAAAUAUCAUGCCCCUCUCGGUCCUGAAAUCCAAAAAAUUUCACAGUGGACCGCGGACCUUGUUCAUCUUGUUGCCCAACAUGGCAAAGCAAUGCUGACAGCUCCGUCAAUGAUCGCUUUUUUGAUUCCGCCGAUAUGUCCAACAGAGUCAUUCAUCUACCAACGAUUCUUUGACUUUUACCCUCGAGGUCUGCGCCUUACCGGCCUCUCCCAAAAGACUUGGGACGAUCGUCUCUGUUGCGUUGACUUUACAGGCACUCAGGCGCUUUCCGUUGCUUGCAGAGAUAAUAAGUACGCCUUGGGACUUUCAAAUGGUUAUGUGCAAAUAUAUAAUGAGACUUCGUUCCAGGAACAAUUAAGGUUGCACCACAAUGAGCCGGCCAGGCAGCUCGCAUUUGGGAACGUUAACCUGUAUUUGGCAUCCGCCGGGAGGAAGCGAGUCGCUGUCUGGAAUACCUCUUCAGGAGUGCAAUUGUGGGCAAGAGAUCUGACGGCUUUGCCGUUGGCGAUUGAUUUCAAUGAGACUGAUACUAUACUUAUGGCUGCAACCAGAGCAAACACUCUCUCUUUCUGGGAAGCCCAUUUAGGAACAGAGGUGGACACGUCGCAAUUCUGCGACAUUAACGAGGAGGAUCAGACAGAAUACCACUACAACAGACCACCAAUUGGAAUCAAAUUUGCCGCUAGUCUGAACCUGAUUGGUAUAGCCUACCGCCAAAGACCGAUCAGCUUUUGGGAUCUUGAGGAUAAUUCCUUCAUCGGACAGUAUCACAAAACCGGAGCCGUAUAUCCCGAGCCACUCAUCCAUGAUUUCGCCUUCAAUCCAAACCCGGACAUAUGCCUGGCCGCUGUCGCCUAUCAAAGCGCAGAAGUCGCAGUAUUUGACCCAUUCACUCAACAUACAGUCGCAGUGGCAGCUGCUCCAGUCUCAUCGCUUGCUGCCUCACCAGAUGGGAGUACUCUUGUAACAGGUAGUGGAGAUGGCAUCAUCAAGAUAUUCGAGUUUGAGACAUUGAGACUUUUGUACCAGAUCGAUUCCUACCAGCAGGAUAUCCGUGCCCUAGCAUUCAACAGUAACAACCUCCGAAUCCUUGAUAUUCGUGGCAAUCAAUUCAAUAUCUGGGAACCCUCGACUCUAGCGUACCGGCCAACAUCUCGUGAUGACUCAAGCCUAAAUUUCACAGAGAGUGCUCGCGGUGAAGCUGAGUACGUUGCAAAUGCUAUGUUUGAUGAUGAUCUUACCGUCACCGCGAUCGCAACACAUCAAGAUUCUAAAUUUCUCUUCUGCGGAAGGGAGAAUGGUACCGUGGCACUUUAUUCCUCAUCAAGUGGACUUGAAUUGAAAGCUUUGGCUGGACAUGGACCGAAUCUCGCGAUCACUAGGUUGCAAUGGAUCGACAAGCAUCGCUUACUUCUUGCCAAGGAUCGAUCUGGCAGCGUCUCGCUACAGAGAGUCAUCAGAGACGAUAGCAGAGAGUUUCAGUCCACUCUUGUGCUUCCACACUCCGGAUGCCGGGCGUCCGAAGUUUUGCUCAGUCCUGACGGAGACAGACUCCUCAUUUCCACGAACGAUGGGGCACAAGUCUGGACUUUGGAUGGUACAGAUGGUUUAGCGAGAUCGAAAAUCAAUAUAGAGAAGUCGGACCUGCAAAACUCUUGGUUUCCGCACCCGAAGAGCCCUCAGCAGCUGUUGCUCGUUGGCGAAAGUCAAAUCAAAUUUUUCGAUUGGCUAACUUUGCAGGAAUCAAAGGGUCCGUUCUUGAGACAACCGUAUCACUCCACGCGCAUAACGUUAAACGUGGAGACAGCAUCAAAAGGGACUCAUCUCUGCGUUUAUCACGCCGGCAUGAAAUCAGUAGACCUGGCCCCCUCACUACGUCUGUACCCAACAAGUCAAAUGACGAGCGACUCAGAGUUCAUUGGUGCCAGUGUUUCGCUAGAUGAUAUAGCUCAGAGCAUCAAACGCAUCGUUGGUACUCACAAAUCUCAGAUGCUCUAUCUCAAUCACCAAGGCUGGGUCUGCUCUAUCAAUAUUGAUGACAUUCUGCCUGAUAGAUUUUACACGCGACACUUCUUCAUACCGUUACAAUGGCAUAGUAGUACAGAGACACCAGUCAUUCGGGUCACCUCAAAUGGAUCCAUUGUUUUGGCUGUCAGGGAUGAGAUUGCCAUAUUCCACAAUGGACUGAAUUUCGAAGAGAGAGUCGGUUGCAAAGGACUAAUUGUAUCAACAAAGGCGUCAAUGCGUACAGUGAUGAGACGUGGAACCUCCCAGCCUUAA